UUUAUAACCGGACGGACGGCGCCCGCAAAUAACCUUCUUCAACCCCAUGUACCAUCGGAUGGAAACAAUGAAGACCGCCGCUGGAGGAGAGACAGUCCAGGUCCGGGGCAGAGGCCACGUCCUCCGCUCGGGGGCGGGGCGGAAGGAUCGCCACAGCAAGGUGCACACAGCCAAGGGCCCCCGGGACCGCCGCGUCCGCCUCUCGGCCUACACCGCCAUCCAGUUCUACGACGUCCAGGACCGUCUUGGCUUCGACCGCCCCAGCAAGGCAGUCGACUGGCUCAUCCGCAAGGCCAAGCCUGCCAUCGACAGGCUCGCCGGCCUCCCUCCCUUCCACCCUGUCCCACCCCACCCGAACCACCAAGAAACGCUGACAACAAUCCCUAAUAACAAUAACGGCUCCUCCUCGUCCAUCUUGGAUUCCUUCUUCCCCGUGAGCUCCGCAACUCCGUCCAUCAGCUUCCACGACGAAGACCUUGGCCUCUCCCUUCACUCGUUUCAAGAACUGGGCUCGGGCCCGAUCCACGCUCAUCAUCCCUCGGCAUCGUCGAUGCAAGGAGAGACGCCGACGGUGACCCACGCAGCACGCGGCGAUCCCUUGGGGUUUGACGAGUCCAACUAUCAAAGAAUGAUGGGUUGGAACAGAGCAGGAGGUAGCGAGUUGACAUUCUUCAUGGACUCGCAGCAAGAGCACCACGAGGUGGAGGCGUUCUCGCAUCAGAGGGGUGCCCUUCAGUCCAGCUUCGAGAUGGCGCCACAGCCUCAGCCGCAGCCACCACCGCUGCCGCCGCCGCCGCCGCUUGGUGGUUAUGUUAAUGAUGAGUUAGCAAUGGAUGAACAAAUGUAAGCCACUGUUCGGAAGCAGAUUUUUGUCGGACCAGGUGACAGGGUUUUGUGUGCCGGGGCCAGGCUGGGUUGGCCGCGAGGUGAGGCGAGGCGGAGGGGAGUCUAGUCUUGACAUCAUCGGCUUCUCUGAAUUCGGGUUGAAUCUAGUGAUAAUGGUAGUGUGUUUCCGCUUGCAAGGUACCUUUGACAUUUAAUCUUCGUUGGUUGCACAAUUUUUCUGUUACUUCCACAGGAAACAUUAGCAUAUGGUAUUGUGUGAAGCAGUGAGUUUCAUGAUUCCCUGGAAAUUGCAUGGUUGUUUAUCAGUGCAAAGGUAUUACCUCGUGAUACACUUGAAAUUAUCCUACCCUUUCUCAGCCUCAUUUUUAAAUGUCCAUAUUGUCUUUGGAGUGGAACUACUGUUGGCCAUGGAACCUGACGCAAUCGCACUUCCCUCAAAUAAUUAGUAUAGUAGAUCAAUCAAUUCUUUAUAUAUUAAUGUUUCCCGGUGAAAACAAAAGAUACCAGUUGUGAUCUUUUGAUUCCCAGUUUAAAUUCUGUUGCGUUCUUUAUCA